CCUUUCAUAGAAGGAUCUUACUUCUGUUUUGCUAGUUUCUUGUCUUGCUCAUACACCGAAAGGCACGACACUGGCCUGAUAAGGUGAAGCCACCAGCUGCGGGUUUGAUGCCACGAUGGAGAGUUUAACACUGAGCGAUGUCGAGCAGAAAUAUUACUCUGAACUCUUCCUUUCCUGUGAUGUGGAUAACACCAAGAAAGUGGCUUCCAAUGGCAAAGUUCUGGACCUCUUCCGGGCGGCCCAGCUCUCAAACGAAGUGGUCCAUCAGAUUACUGAACUUUGCGGGGCCACGCGCCUCGGUCAUUUCGGUCGGAGUCAGUUCUACAUUGCACUGAAGCUCAUUGCACUGGCCCAGUCUGGACUGCCCCUGCGUGUGGAGAGCCUGAACAGUGUCAGGGAUCUGCCCCUCCCUCGCUUUGUGAUGGGCAAGAACGAGCAGGAGAUGAGGCACGCAGUCAUGUUCGCAGACACAGAGAACCAGGGACCCUAUUUCCCCAGACCUCCAGGUCGAGUGCAAGCCAAAAAAGUGUCAGCGCAUGAGAUGAUUCAGCCCUGUGUGCCCACUGUAGAUCCACAGCCGGACACCACAUCUCCUGUAGUGUCACCGCACCAGUCCCCUCCCACUUCGCCCCAUGCCUGGAGGAAGCACAAACGCCAGGCCAGCGGUGGAAACGUCGACAGACAGCCCUCAGUGCCAGGAGUUGUUUGGCCACAUUUUAGAGAAGCACAGCCAGGACCAGUUACAGGUGAUGGGAUGUGGUCCGCCCAUUCACCCCCUCCUGUCCAGGAAAGUUGGGUCAGCUUUACAGACACGCCCCCCUCCAGCACACUUCCAAUGCAUCCCCCAUCAGCUCAGCCGGAGAGCACAACAGUACGAACUGUGCCAUCUGCAAUGACCACAAAUGAAAUCCAAAGACAGAUCAGUGGUUAUGAUGACCCCUGGAAAAUCACAGAUGAGCAAAGACAGUAUUACAUAAACCAGUUUAAGACCAUUCAGGCUGAUCUCACUGGUUUAAUCCCUGGCUCAGCCGCGAAGGAAUUCUUUACAAAGUCGAAACUGCCUAUUCUAGAACUGUCUCACAUUUGGGAGCUAUCAGAUUUUGAUAAAGAUGGUGCAUUGACCCUGGAUGAGUUCUGUGCUGCUUUUCAUCUUGUGGUCGCUAGGAAAAAUGGUUAUGACCUUCCUGAAAAGCUACCCGAGAGCCUAAUGCCAAAGCUUAUUGACUUGGAUGACUCAGCAGGAGUUCCAGAACCUGCCCCUGAGGUGGGCUUUUCUGCUUCUCCUGUGGAGGUCACUCCAAAUAAGUCUCCUUCCAUGCCUUCCCUGAACCAGAACUGGUCUGAGCUCAAUCAAAGCAAUGAGCAGUGGGAGACUUUUAGCGAACGCUCCUCAAGCUCACAAACUCUGACCCAAUUUGAUUCUAACAUUGCACCAGCUGACCCUGAUACAGCAAUAGUCCACCCUGUGCCCAUUCGUAUGACACCCAGCAAGAUCCACAUGCAAGAGAUGGAGCUCAAGAGAACUGGAAGCGAUCACACACAUCCAACAAGUCCGUUAAUGGCGAAACCACCAGAACUUUCUGAUGAGGCCAAGUUAGCAGCAACUAUUAAGUUUCCUGGUACCACUGUUGGAGAUGGCUAUAGCAGUUCAGAUUCAUUUACAUCUGAUCAAGAGCCCAUUUCCAGUGCUGUGAACAGACAAAGAUCUCACUCUGGCACCUCUCCGGAAGGACUGAAGGUUGUGGCUCCGCCCCCGCCUCCACCCCGCCCCCACGCCUCUCACUCACGCUCCUCCUCUCUAGACAUGAACAGAAACUUUGCUGCUGUCCCUGCAGGUCCGCAGCAGCCGGGUGUAGUUGCCUUUCCCCCAGCAGUGCCUCCCAGACCACUGCCCACACAGACAUCAGUGCCACAUGGUCACCGUUCGGUAGAGGGAGAUGGUCUUCCAGCACAUACCAGCACGUCACCCCAUCAGAUGCCAGAACAGCCCAACUUUGCUGACUUCAGCCAGUUCCAGGCUUUUGCUGUUGACCAGCCGGCAGAUGAUGGAGAGAAUGCAUCUGACAGUGGACAGGCAGAAAGAUGUGCAGAAACCACCGGGACGAUGAAAACAGCAAAGAACGACGUUCAGUCAGAGGAACGAAAUGCAACCACUGUCAACUCUGCCAAAGUAUCCACUCCAUUGGCCCCACCCCCUAAACCCGUUCGUCGAAGACUGAAAUCAGAAGAUGAGCUCAGACCAGAUGUGGAGGACCUUCCGCAAAAGUCUAACGUCAUAGCCACUGUUCUAGCAACCCAGCCCUCAAUUCCACGGUCUAUCGGUAAAGAUAAGAAGGCCAUUCAGGCUUCCAUUAGAAGAAACAAAGAAACGAAUACAGUUUUAGCCAGACUCAACAGUGAAUUACAGCAGCAGCUGAAGGACCUGCUAGAAGAAAGAAUAUCGCUUGAAGUGCAACUGGAACAGCUUAGACCUUUUUCGCAUUUGUAAACAGCGUGUGUGUUCGCUUCAGAUUGAAUGUUUGUGUGUAUGAAAGAGUGAUUACCCCAGUUUUUUCUUUUUCUUUUUUUGAGUGGUCUGUUGGAUCCUCUGGCAGGAUGUCCAUUUCACCCGUCUCCACUCCUCUGCUGACUGUGUGAGAAGAGACACAAUCGCUGCUUCCUCCAGACUGUUCUGUCUCACACAGCCAUUCAGAGGGAUGGGGUCCAGGAACAUUAUCCGUUAUGGCACUUUGAUGAAACAGAAAGUCUGAGUGGUUGUAUGUGUAAUACCCCAGACAUUGCAGGUUAUGUUUAGCGUGUGAGGCAAGAGCCUGACGUCAUGGCCGGCAGGAGGCUGUAAUUCUGGUAAACAUGAAGGAGCCUUUUCCCCUCCUGUUCUCCAGAGUCCCGAGGCAGCUUGUCAUGUUCUUCCAUGUAAGAGGCACCCGUGUGUGCUCAGACAAUCAUGUUAGGCCAUGCACUGGUCAUACAGAGGGGAGAACUGAUUUUUGGGAGAUCAUACUAUUUCAGAAGUACGCUUUAGAAAACUGAUUCUGACAGGCACUUGUUAAAGGGACAGUUCACUCAAAAAUUACAAUU